CUCACCUCAAAUGUUUGUUGUCAGUGAGGUUUUUCUUGUCUCUAGAUGUGAGUCAUGUUUAAGUUAACUCAGGAGAUGAAAGAAUGAAGGAGCUUCACCGGCAGACAUGCAAGUCUGUGGAAAGGCAACAGGGGGAUGUUGUCUCACCUACCAAGGAACCAACUAUUCUGCAACCACUGAGAAGUGGACUGCCAGCAAAAUCUUCAGCUCCUAUGGAUCUGAAGUUUACCUGAAGAGUGUUUGGCCCGAGUGUUUUUCCUUAGCGAAAAGUGGAUGAAGAACAACAUACCUGCCUUGUGUUCCUGAAUGUUUUACAUUUAUUCAAGGAGAAUCGAUUGAGUCUUUCUGAGGAAGAUGGACGCAACAGAGAUUCCGGCACUGGAGCCCAGAUCGGAGCGGAUUGCUCGCUACAAAGCCGAGAGGAGGCGAGAACUGGCUGAACGCUUUGGGAACCUGGAGGAGCUUCCUUCCAAGUGGGUUAGGAGAGAUGGGAAGGAGGUCCCUGACCCGUCUACACGAGCCCACAGAGGGACACUGAACUCAGACGGCCUCGGUGAAAGAGUCAACGGCAGGAAACGAGGAGUGACAAAUGGACUGGAAGUGGACAGCGCAGAGUCUAACCACUUAAGAAGGCAGGGUUCCCGGGACUCUGCCAGCAUGCUGAGUGGGGAGGGUUGCCUUGUUCCUCUUGGACCUGAUGCCCCGCAGCUCCACACUCGUGUGUCGGUGGGCCAGUUAAGGAGCACCCUCCUGCAGCAGACGGGGAGCGAAGCACAGCCUGACAAAGUUUGCCCUGAUGUUGGGCAUACCACGUCCUCUCUGGAUUUGGCGUCCGAGGGGGGCCGGAGACGCACCCGGCGCUACCUCCCUGGUGGGUCAAGCAGCGGCCGCAAGACCAGCGAGCGUUUCAGGACGCAGCCGAUCACCGCCAUUGAGAUGGAGGAGAGCGGAGGGCUGGUGGACGCAGAGGAAGAGGAGAACCGUGAAGCUGACGUGAAAACAGAUGACCGAGCCAAAAUGAGCGUAGCAGCCAAGAUGUCUUUGUUUAAAGAGCUGGAGAAGUCUGCUGCCCCCGAGGCCUCGGCCUUUCUGAAGCCCCGCACAGGCAGUGUGGGUCAUGAGCGCAGGGUGCGCCGUGGCAACGACCAUCGCUUUCUGACUCAGCCUAUCACCUGUGAGGAAAUUGUGGCAAUCAGUGCCCCUAAACCAGUCCCACCAGUGGAGUCCGAGUGCGUUCAGGCUGAGUCCGUGGAGGACGUCGAUGAGAGCUGCAAACUGAGCAUGAGUGAGAAGCUGGCCCUCUUCAACAAGCUGUCCCUGCCGGGGAGGCAGGCGGCGACCCCUGACGAUGGGCCCUCCGAGAGACGAAGGCAGAAGGGGGCUCGGUACCGCACACAGCCCAUCACAGUGGAGGAGGUCAACCUGCUCCAGAAAGGCCCUGUUCAGCUUCCUGUCUUCAGUUUGACUCCUCAUCUGCACGACAGACAGCAGGCCUCGUCUGUCAACCUAAAACCCAGUGAGCUCCGCCUCUCCCAGCCGAGACUGGACCCUGGUCCUGUGCACUCGGACCUUAGUAGCCCCACGCGGGAAGGUCUGCCGCGCUACGCAUCGGAGCCAGGCCUGAGAGGAAUCCUGAAGAAGACCUGCAGGACAGAGGCUGGUCGAAUAGAUGCGCCGCUCACACAUGAACAAAACGGGGGAGGCGUUGAAGAGGCAGGAACACGAGCGAGGAUGGAGCGCCAAGAGCUGCAGGAGAUUCCUGUACCACCACGGAGAGAGAGAAGAGGGGCUUCAGGCGUAGAGACCGCUGCUCCGUGGAGGCAGAGGGCUCGAAACAGGAGGGAGACCAUCGCCUGCACACCGAUCAGAGUGCUGUCAGAGCAGGACGGGCCUCAGGACGAGGAGAGGCCCUGCCAGAGCGUGGCGCAGGACGUUUCUAUUGUGGGACAAAACUCCACUACAAAUGGCAGGGUUCAGCAUCAACUUGAGAAGGAGAGUGAUGGGAAUAUGAAUGAAGAAACCAGAGCGAUGGGGCGUGUUCAGGUGACACAGGGAGACGACAGCGUGAAAAUGCAGGAGAUGACAGACACCAGCAGGUCUAAGGAGGAGACACAAAAUGCUCAUGUGGAGAGUGUCAGCGCUGAGUGCUGGGAACCCGUCUUUGCCUCUGUCUUUUCUAGCAGUACACCCCAAUAUAUCAUGUGUUUCAACCAGACGAGUCUUUCCUUCGAGGCACAGGAAGUCGCCUCUCCUACCAAGAACCCGAUCCAGCCCCAGUGGAGACAGAAGGCUAACGGAGCUGAGGAUGAGCUCCAGGUGGACAAACCCAAAGAAGUGAACGCCUGUAACGACACGAGACCUUCCAUAGACGCUUCAUUAUGCACAGAUGGAGAAACCUCCAUGCAGACAUUGGAGCAGUUUGAAGAUCCGCAGACCUCACAAUCCCCGGUGUCUCCACCCCAUGUGAAGGAGGACACCCCUGUGGACGAAUCAAAUGCUUUUGAUGCAGGUUUUUACGGGGAUCAGUCACCUCCAUCUGCCUGCGCCCUCCCGCCAUGUGAUGGCAUCGCUGCUCCAGAGAGCGAGCAGGACCUGGACGUCCUGUGCCAGACCAACACACCUAUGCUGACUUCCACUGUAGCGGAGCACCGGCGUUCGGUGCGUCCAUCGCGUCGGACCCAGGGCUCCAGAAAUCCUCUGAGGGCUCUGGCUGCCAGGGAGGACGUCAGGCAGGACUACAUGGGAGAGAGAGCCAACAACGCUUCUGAGGAGAGGAUGGAGGCAGAGAACAGGUCCAAAAACUCCGAUUCACAUCUGGACAGACCAGAAGACCUCUCUUCCUCGGAUGCUUUGACCACAAAGUCUUAUCCUCCCUUCAGCAGCCUGAUGCUCAUCCACACGAAAGGUAGGCGGCAUGUCCAGGUGCGUCUGGUGGAGCCCUUGGUUCAUUCACUGAACAGUGGAGACUGCUUCCUGCUGGUCUCUCCAGAGCAUUGCAUCCUGUGGAGUGGAGAGUUUGCCAAUGAACAAGAGAAAGCCAAGGGCUCUGAGCUGGCAUCGCUCAUCCAGAGUCAGGGAGAUCUCGGCUGUCAGGCCUCUCAGAUCAUCCACCUGGAGGAGGGGCUGAACUGUGACAGCAGCCUGGCUGCAGACUUCUGGAGCCUUCUUGGAGGACGAACACAUUACAGAGGAGCCAGUGCAGAAGAGGAGGACGAGCUCUUCGAAAGAGGCAUAGCAGAUUCUAACUGUGUGUACAGGCUGGUGGAAAACAGACUGGUGCCCCAUGAACAGGCCUGGGCUUCCGUCCCAAGUGUGUCCCUGCUGGGCUCCGAGGAGGCCCUGGUGUUUGAUUUCGGCAGCGAGGUGUACCUGUGGACUGGGCAGAAUGUUUCCCCCAGCAGGAUGAACGUUGCUCUCCAUCUGACUCACCAAGUGUGGGUCGGAGCUUAUGACUACAGCAACUGUCGAGUCAAUCCACUGGAUCCCACACAAAGUAACCCUGGCAUACCGCUGAGUGGGGAGGGGCGUCCCAGCUGGGCCUUAUUCGGCUGCGUGUCAGAGCACAACGAGACGGCUCUGUUCAGGGAAAAGUUCCUGGACUGGACUUUGAAGAGCACAGGCAGAGAGGAGGCUGCUCCUGUGAACAAGGAGAUGCAGCCUGUCACAGUUCCAUCUGACCCAUCGUCAGACCUUCUGAGCGCCUGCGACGCCAAAGCUCUGGUGUCAGGUGAGUCACUAACAGAAGAUAGCUUGGUCCAUAACGUGUUGGCCGGCGUCGACGUCCAGAGGGGGCACGGGGUCAUCACGCUGGAGGAGGGACUUCGGAUGGAGCUGAAUACCAUUGCUGUGGACAGCUGGCAUGUCCAGGAGUUUGAUGACAGUGAAACCCCCAUAGAGAGCACGGGACAGCUUCAUGAAGGAGACUCUUACGUCAUCCGCUGGACGUACAGCAUCAACACUGUCGCGGAGAUGAACGGUUCUGAUGAGUGUGGCAGAGGGGAGAAAGAAAACACUGCCUUGUUCCUCUGGAGGGGCUGUCACUCAAGUGUAAGUGGGCGGGACACAGCAGCUUUCCUGUCCAUUGGGAUGAAUAACCAGGAAGAGUCACAGGUGGUGGUUCCUCAAGGAAAAGAACCUCCCUGUUUCCUGCAGCUUUUCCAGGGAGGCCUGGUCAUUCACAAAAACAAGAGAGAGGAGGUGUCCACUAAAACAGAGUGGCGUUUGUUCUGUGUGCGUGGAGAGGUCCCAGAGGAGGGCUCUCUGUUAGAAGUGGACUGCUGUUGUUCAGGUCUAAGAUCGAGGGGCUCUGUUGUGCUGCUCAGCAGCCAGCAGGGGGUGCUGUAUCUCUGGAAUGGCUGUAAAGCUCAUGUCAGCACAAGAGAGGUUGGCAAGCGAGUGGUGGAGCGUCUAACUGAAAUGUGUCCACCCGAGCUGGGUCUGAGCAAAAGCAGCCCCGUGAAGGUGCAGGUGGUGGAUGAAGGUUCAGAGCCUGCAGACUUCUGGACAGCGCUGGGACAGAUGGACAGAAAAGCAUACGACUGCAUGCUGCAAGAUCCAGGAAAGUAUAACUUCACACCUCGCCUCUUCCACCUGAGCGCCACCUUAGGGAGUUUACAGGCUGAAGAACUGCAGAGCCCGACGCGGCUGCCAGGGCUCGUGACGCCGAUGCCCUUCACCCAGGAGAGCCUGUACGCUGUCCCACAGCCAGCCUUGUUUCUUCUCGACAACCGUCUAGAGGUCUACCUGUGGCAGGGUCAGCCCGAGCAGACGGAGAGCUCUGCCUCAGCCUGGAGCUGCUGGCACAACGAGCGGAGGUGUGCUAUGCAGACGGCUCUGCAGUACUGCAAAGAGAUGAACCCAAGACGCCCUCCCCAGGCCUACCUCAUCCUCGAGGGGGCAGAACCUCUCACCUUCACCAAUGUGUUCCCCCGUUGGGAGAGGAGCCACACAUGGGGUGACACAAAGCCGGUGAAGCUGACCUUGGUGCAGGACGCCCUGGCCCAGCUCAUGAAGACCCAGUACCCCCUGGAUGAGCUGCUGCGGAGCCCCUUACCUGAUGGAGUGGAUCCCCAGCACCUGGAGGUCUACCUGUCUGAUCAAGACUUCCAGACUAUUUUGGAAAUGAAGAGAGAUGAAUACUUCUCCCUGCCGAGCUGGAAGCAAAUUGAUCUGAAGAAAAGCAAAGGGCUGCUGUGCUAGACAAGCGGAGGCUGACUGACACUCGUGCAACAGGGACUCCUCCUCCGCAGAGAAAGGAAGAUGGCAGGGGGCUAUUAGUACCAUGUUGCUGCACAAAUGACUCCUCGCAACGUCAUACAAAGAGGAAAGGAAUUCACUUUUAUUUAUGUCAAAUUAGUAUGAGUGUGUGGACCUCUUAUCAGAUGUGGAUUUCUCCGUAGCUUUUGUUCAGAGCAACAACAGAAUACAUUUUUUCCUAUGAAACUUCAUUUUAUCUGUACAAAUCAAUGAGAAUUAUAAAGAGAAAGAUGUGUGGGAGUGAGGGAAGGAAAUCAGUAACAAACUGUGGGAUAAGGACGAGAAAAAACAAAGGAGUGCUUGCAAAAAAAAAAAAAAA